ACCUAAUACUAACUUUUCUCUACGUUUUGAGCAUGCUUAAGUACAAAAAGACUAAGUUAGGGCGCUCCUUGAAAUGAAAGCACUGCUUCGCCAAGGCAAACGAACCAAUGAUUUCAUGCGAUAGUUUUUUAAGCAUUGUUUUUUAGAUUUAAGAUCGUCAAUCUAGUAAAAUCACUAGGAUUGCAAAAUGAUGGGAACCAAUGUAAUUGCAGCUACACAUGUGACCGUGGUUAUGCAUUCAGUUCCAAUGGCGAAUCAACUAUGGACAUUGUCUGUUCAGGUGGAUCUUGGACGUCCCUUGGGACUUGCGAAGUGAGCGCGUGCUUAGCAGAAGGCCUCCCGUACUAUGUUUCAUCCCACAACUUGGAACUGUACGAUGAGUCCGACAACCCCGUCCCAUUGUAUGAAACCACCUACACAAGAGACCACGAAAUUGGCACCAAACUCAGUUACAAAUGUAAGGCAUCCACCUAUCCGGAGUCGGACCGAGAUCUCGAUCUGUCCAUCAAUGUGACCUGUCUCAAUACGGGCGAAUAUGACCUGCCGGAGACACUGGAACAAUGCUUAUCCAACGUCAAUUGCACUUCACCGCCCGAAGCUGUCGACAACAUGAUUGCCAACACAAGUGAAGUUUACAAUUUCCAAGACACCAUUGGAUAUUUUUGCGAAACGGACUACGAAUUGCUGGACCUGUCAAGCCAAACUGUGCUUCCUUCAUUGGAAAUAAGUUGUCUUUGGGACAAGUCUUGGAGCCUAGCCGACCUCUCGAACUUCACCUGUAAACCGUUGUUCUGUGAUGGGGCUUCCUUGGCAAACCUUCGAGACUCUCAUUCGCUCGAUGUCUUUUAUAACGGCGUGGUUCAAGUUCCUGACAUUUCCUCGGGAACUUAUUCCUUCCGAGUUCCCUUUGGUGGAUUCAUUGAGUACUUUUGCCUUAAUGGCACCUACCCAAAACCGAAAAGGGACUCUCUGGAUCGUGUCCAGAUUCCUUGCCAAAACGAUACCACAUUCGGAGACUCUCUGACCAUUCCCAUUUUUGAAUGUUUGGAAUAUGUGACGUGCAAUUAUUCCCAAUUACCUGUCCCCAAAGCGAACAUGGUCCCAUCGGGAUCCCCAACUGUGGAGUACAAAGACGGCAAUUGGACAUGGUACUCUUGUGCUGCCGGUUUCACUCUCAUCAAAAUCAGCACCCAAACUCAACGUGGAAAAGUCGUGUUCACCUGCCAAUGGACCACAAAUUGGAGCUCGUCUUUGGAAGACUAUGAAUGCAUGGUUUCGCAUUGCUUGGGAGCAGAUCUCCCCAUUUUGGAAACGUCCCACAAUUUGGACCUAUUUUAUCCCACUUCCACACGAAUUGAGUCACCGGUGACGGUAUACAAUGUCCUUGUUCCAAUCGGGGAGAAUGUGUCAUACAAAUGUGCCGAGAAUACAUUUCCAAUCGAUGACUUUGAGGGGAACGUAGAAAUUCAAGCCGAGUGUCUGGAUCAAGGAUUUUUUUCUUUGCUCACUCCAGUGGAAGCGUGUGUGGCCACAAAGUAUUGCAACACAAGUGUUCCAAAUGUUCCAAUGAGAAAUUCACAAUGGGAUUAUGAUCCGCAUAUCCUCUAUCAAUUUCAAGACAUAGUAAGUUAUUACUGCAAUGAUCCCUGGUUCCAAUGGGUCUCCCCUGAAGGACAAAUAUCCCAGACAUUAGAGGCCUCCUGUCAAUGGAACGAAACGUGGACCAAUCCGGGAUCAAAUUGGCAAUGUCGAUUACCUCCCGGGUUCUGUGGCUACCCUCCUGAGAUCCAAGAUCUCAGUUUCGACGAUCCAUAUUCAUUUGAAGAAUUUCCGCUAGUCUUGGGGCAAGUGGUGAUCUAUCCAUGUAAGGAUAUCGGUUCGGUUUUAAAUAUCGACCCACUUCGCACUCACAUCGAAGCAACAUGCAAUAGCAGCCAAAGCUACGUCUUUGAAUUCGAUCCGUUACCUACGUGCAUUUCCAAUAUUAAAUGUCCACACAUUACGCUGGCAAAUGGACAGAUUCAGCGGCAGACUUCACGAGAAUUUGUGUUGUCGAAGGAAGAAAAAUGGAACGCUAAUGCAUUAUCCGUAUUCCAAGAUGCUCCCAGUCUUCACGGGCCUCUUCUUGCCAUAGACGAUAUCCUCGUCACAAACACUUCUGGAACAUUUGUGGGAUUGUACACCUCUCAAAGAGGGGAUCAUUACUCCCGAUUGCGGAUCGAUCUCCCAUCAACCAUGGUCAUUUCCAAGGUGGUCGUCUAUUUCGGUCGAGAGGAAUGUUGUUUGUUCCAGCAGAAUCUCGAAGUAAGAGUGAGCACAACUUCAGACUUGGGAUCAGAUCAGGACCUUAACCAAGAGAAUAGCACCUUGUGUGGAAACUUAACAGCCAAUACCAACGACAAUCUCAAUGCCGCCGUGAUCAGAUGUACUGAACCUACUUGGGGCAAUCACAUAUUUGUUCAAAGCCUUGUUCAGAGCGAAGAACAGCACUUUGUCAUCAAUGAAGUAUUGGUAUACAGAUUGAAUUCAAGCGAUUCUGAGCCAGAUUUGCAAGAUUGUGAGGCCCUUUUUCAACUAGGUGCCACCACCCCCGGUGUUUAUACAAUCUUUCCACGUGAGUCCGUUCCCAAUGGGCUGAAAGUUUAUUGUGAAAACGGAUGGACCAAUGUCUUACGUCGGGGUCAAUUUGGAAAUGAUAUGGAUUACUUUGCCCAGAACAUGAGUUACUACGUCGCUGGAUUUGGAUCCCCGAAGAGAGAAUUCUGGAUUGGUUUAGAAUAUCUUCAUAGGAUGACGCAAGCCCAGGAUUUUCAAUUAAGAGUGGAGAUGACAAAUGCUGUCGGAGAAGUACGACGUGCCUACUACGACCAAUUUCUUGUUGGAAGUGGUCCAGAUUAUGAAUUGACCGUGGGAGGGUUUUCUACGGAGGAGGGACGAGAAAUCGAAGAUCAUUUGGCCGCCAUGAAUGGGUUGAAAUUCAGCGCUAAAGAUCGUGAUUCCGACACUCUUGAUGCGACACAUUGUGCCGAGCAGCAUCAAACCGCGGGAUGGCUGGGAGAGGCAACAGGCGAUUGUAUGAUGGCCAAUCCUUUUGGGUACAACUGGAACACUAUGGAGCAAACUAACGAAACCUUUGGGAUCUUUUGGAUGUCUUAUGGUGGGAAUACGAACUCAUUCUCCAAAUUUUCUAUGUCCGUCUUGCCCAAAUCACCCGCCUCGAUAGACCCGACUUUGAGAGGAAAAUGGUUGGAUGAUCUCCAGAUGAUAUCCGAAUAUCGUGCAACCAAUACGUUGUCGUGUCCUUUUGGACAAGAAUUGGAACUCGAAAGCGGAGCGAGAGUUAAGAACUUGAAUGUCGAAUGCCUUUUCAAUGGAAACUGGUCCUCUGAGUUUGGGACUUGUAUCUGGACCCAUUGCAUAGACCCACCAAUUCCCCCAACGAGUUCAAAUCUGAUUCUUCAGGACUCGAACACAGGUCCAAUUCAAGUUGGAGAGACGUGGAACUUUAUUUGCAAGCAUGGCAUGAAUUCUUCGAGAAGCCUCGAUAACCCUGAGGUGGUUCUGUCCAUUUCCUGCCAAAGUGGUAACACUUUUCAAGAACCCAGUUCGUGGCCAAUCUGCAUCCCGGGAGUAUUGUGCCCAAACUUUGCCCCACCAUCAACUUGGAACGGAACAGCUAUUUUGGAGAAAAUCGGUUUGAUUCGUGGGCCUCAAUGCUUCUCGACCAAAAUGGUUCCCAAUCAAAUUGGCGUAGGCUUUUGCCAAGAAUUGAGAGCCUAUCAUCUUUACAAGAAUGCUGUCGUUGAUGGAACAUUGAGGCAGGCGCAAUGGAAUUUCAUUACCCCGACUAACUUUGCCUCUAGCCCUCUGACGGUUCAAAUGACAUUUUCCUUGCCAAUCAGUAUCUUUGAAUUUAAUAAUCUAACAUCAGUGGAAACGGGUACCAUACCCGAGGAGCUCAUCAUCUCUGGCGCGUUCUCGAACUUCUCGUCCAUUACAGUUCAAUAUCAAGCAAUCCAGGGAGUGGACCUCUGCUUUUUUAAUAUCAGUUGUCACAACUCACCCACCUUAAAGGCUAAUACAGCAGAUGGAAGCUACGAUCUUGAGUCUUUCGCCCACUCUGGAGGUUCCGUAGUCAAACUUGAUUGCGGGCUUGCUCGUCAAUUUUUGCUAGAAAACAGGUCCUGGCAAGCCCAUCAGUCCUACGAAUGCGGGAUGGAUGGCCAUUGGAAGACAAAUCCCACAUCGAUGUCCCCUUGCGUGUGGAUUGGUUGCUACAACCCGCCUAUGCCUACUAACGAGUCAAGGAUGGAAACCGUUUAUGCUGUUGAUACCGUGAUAAACACAAAUGACAAGGUCUUUUACAAAUGCAAACCAGGGCUUUACUUUGAAGACGAUUAUCAAAGAAGAAACAUCUCCUUGACGUGUUUGCCCAAUGGCAUUUGGAACUCGAUAGUCGAUUGGCCACGAUGCAUUCAUCCGUCUGAAAGGAAAUGCGGAGAUCCAUUGGAUUGGGUCAAGUCUCAUGAAAUAACAGGCUUUUUUAACACGACCACUGAAUACGUCAAUGGCUCGUCAUUUGGUGACGUGGUUCUUCGAACUUGUGGUCUUGGAAUGUCUUUACAGCAUGCCAACGGGUCUCUUGUCGACGAGGAACGCUAUACCUGUCAAUGGAACCAAAGCUGGUCGCCUCAAAUAGCCACCAAGUGUGUUCGAACCCACUGCAUGACACCUCCGCAGCCCAAUCAUGUGAACAUUCAUCCCAUUUGGGAUGGAAAUCCCAUCCCUUNGUUCCUUCAAGUGAAACUGGCCCCAGGUCAUUGCAAUUACGUAUUCCAAUUUUCAGCUCGAUCGAACGAGUCAAAAGUUAUUCGCUCUCACAAGGUAUCCAGUCGUUGGAUUGAUCCCCGACCCAAGCAUCCCCAUUCAUAUUCUACUGGUUUUUGGUUUGAGUCAUUUUGA